AUGUCCACGAGUCGUGUUAUCAAUGUCGCUGUCAUCGGUGCGGGGGAGAUCGCAAUGUGCACCCAUCUGCCUACCCUCGGCUUCCUUUCGCACAUGUACGAGGUCACGGCAAUAGUGGAUGUUUCGAAGCAAGCCUUGGAGCACUGUGCGCGAAAGUUCAACAUCCCCCGCACAUUCACAGACGUGUCGGAAAUGCUGGCAGCGUGCUCCGACGUAGAUGUGGUAUUGAUCUGUCAUUCCGACGAGUUCCACAGCGUACACGCAGUGCAAUGUCUGAAAGCCGGCAAGCAUCUCUUUAUAGAAAAGCCGAUGGCUCAGACCUUGCGAGAAGCGGACGAUAUCGAGACCGCACGCCUCGCUUCCGGCAAGUUGGUCUUUGUCGGCUACAUGAGACGAUAUGCGACCGCGUUCUUGAGGUUUAAGGAGGCCGUGGGCAAACUGGAUCCAGCCCAGAUCAACUACGUCCGGUUCCGCAACUUUACAUCGAGGGUGAGUCAAGGAUGGGAUUAUCUCACAGAGCGGCACCUACUCACAACGUUUCUCGGGCAAGUCUCUCCGAAUGCCCCAACGUGUAUGAUCGUCCGCUCACUGAAUGCAGAUAUCCCUGAGGAGGCUUCGGCUAAGAGGCGUCAAGUCGCCACGAGCCAAUUCGAGGAGUACACGGGCCUCGACUACAAAUCGCCGGUCGCGCAGUACAUUCGGGCUUGCAAGUUCCACAUCUCCCCGCACGACCUAAGCCUCAUGCGAGAGCUGUUUGGUCUUCCUCGCCAUGUCAUUGCAGCCGUGCCAAGUGCUCGGGGGGAACUUUUUGUCCAUUAUGCUGCAGUAUCUGGCGAGGAUGCGGUCUUGUCUGUGGACGCGACCGUCGAGGUCCUGGCUCAGCACCAGCGACUCAAGCUCACCUUUGACUCGCCGUAUAUCAAAGGUUUGCCAAUCACCGCGACUACGCUCUCCAGGCACCCCAACGGGGACUUUUCUGAAGAGACAAUCCGGCCGACAUACGAAGACUACUACACGUUAAUGUUCAAAGAGCUGCAUCGCUGCCUGAGCGGCGAUGCAGAAAUCAAGACUACCGUGCUGGACUCUCGGGAGGAAAUUAGCAUGCUGAGCGAUAUUCUGAAAGUCUUAGCAGAAGGAUUCGAAAAGAGCCAGGAGAUUAGCAGGGACCGGUAG